GAGAGCAUUACCUCGAAUUCUUUGCAAUUACAUUGAGCGCAUUGAAAUUAUUUGCUUCUUGUAAUACACCAGUAUGGCACGUAUCCUUUCCAGGUGUUAUUGACAUGUAUUUCACAACCUAGUGCCCAGGGUGUAUGUAUGAUAAUUUUCUAUUUUCUUUUUACUACCUUUUUGAAAUAUGAAAAAGUAUGUAAAUUAAAUUGUUGUAACACCCUCCCUCGCUACAGAGACAAUAAUUGAAGAAUUCAAAAUUAACCAAUUGUUGUUUAUUCACUUGGAUAUAAAAAUCAUUUUGCUCUUUUCGGAAUUUCGGGAGAUUCCAUGACAAGAAAAUUUUGUGGUUAUGCGGUCAGAUGAAGGAAUACAAAAACAUUUUAGGAAAACAGAAAUUCUAACUAGUGGGUUGAUGCACAUGUGUAAAAGUGAUGUCAUCGAAUAGUUACAUUCUGUUUGAAGCAGCUUAUGAUUAUACACCUAAAGAUGAUGGUGAGAUAGAACUCAAACAAGGUGAUCGAUGUUAUGUUAAAAAUCCAAUUACAAACACUGAAGGGUGGUUAGACGGUGUUAAUUAUCGGUCAAAAGAAUCUGGCCAGUUUCCGGGAACUUACUGUAAAAUAAUUGAGUAUGAUACCCAACUUCCUGUGCCACCAAGACCACAAGCAAAACCGGUGGCUGAACACAGAAAGACUAUCAUCAAUGGUCAUACGUUAGAAAAAAUUGUUAUCAUAAAGCCAGUUUGGUGUUCAUUAUGUGAAGAAUACAUCUGGGGCGGCGGAAAAAUAUCCCUAAUUUGCUCAGGAUGCUUUCUUUGUGCCCACUACGGCUGCCAUCAAAACUUUAGUAGAAUUAAUUGUGGUGAACUGGUAUUGUCUCGUUGUAGAACAAAAGCUGAUAUACUAAAGCCAGUGGAAGAGUGGAGUCGCGAUGAAGUUCUUGAAUGGAUGGUUGCAGUGCAUCUUCAUCCAUAUAUACAUAUCAUAAAAAAACAAAAUAUUACUGGUCGAGAAUUACUGCAAAUCACUAUAGAGCAUUUGCAAGACUGGGGAAUAGAUUUUAAUUUGCAUAGCAAAAUAUUUGUCAUGUGCAUCGAAGAACUACGAGGUGGACCACCUAACAUGACAUCACCUCACAUUGGACAGUUGAAAGAUAACACAAACAUUAGUACACAUGUCAAACUUUUUGAGCACAGUUUUACGACAUUUCAGAAGUGUGAUAUUUGUGACAAGCCUAUGUUUGGAGUUUUCAGACAAGGCCUAAUGUGUGCAGCUUGUGGCAUACAAUGCCAUCGUUCAUGUGCAUUCGCUUCCAUUAGAGAAUGCAACGAAUCAUAUAUACGAGCAAGAAGACCAUCUGACUCAGAAGAUCCUUCUUUCUGCUGCAACUAUAACUCCAAGACCAUACCAGCUGUGUUAAGGAAGUGUGUAGAAGCUGUCGAGCGGUAUGGGCUAAAUACUCCUAACGUUUACACAAGUAAUGCGCCUUAUGAGCAGGUUGAAGCACUACGUUCAGCAUUAAACCAAGAUCCUCUAAGUGUCAACAUGAAUGACGAGUAUUGGAGUGAUCCGCGAUGCCCGGCCUAUGUUCUAAAAACAUUUCUUAUUGAGUUACCAGACCCUUUGUUACCAUUUGAGGAAUAUGACAAUUUCAUUGCCUUAUCAAACCAAGAAAAUAGUACUGCUGAGCAGUAUGGACAGAUAAAGAUGCUUCUCAAGGGUUGGCAAGUUUCACACCUUGACUAUGUGAUGCAUCAUCUCAUCAAAAUGUCUAAGUAUAAUGCUAAUAAUGGCAUGACGCUGGAAAAACUAUCAAAGAUCUUUUCAAUGUAUUUAAUUAGACCCGAAGAUGGCGAGGCUAAAGUAUUUAUAGCGAAUCUACAGUCUCAUCAGAAAGUGGUGCACAUGCUGCUCUGUGAUGCGUCUCAAUCAGAAAGCCACGCCAUCCCUGACUACGACUCAGAACCAUGGUUUUGGGCUGAUGCCACAAGGAAAGAUAUAUCGCACAGAUUACAUGGAACACCUGAUGGUUCAUUUCUUGUUCGACCAUCAGAAGAAAGAAAAGGUGGAUGGACGCUAACUGUCAGGAAAGAUGGAAAGGACAGGCUAAUUCGAGUAAUCCAACGUGAUGGUCGCUGUGGAUUUAGAGAGGACCUGUUAAACUUCUCUAAUCUCAAAGAGCUUGUCCAUCAUUUCAGCAUUCAUUCUCUAGAAGAUUACAACGAGAAACUUAACAUCAAGUUAACCAAUCCUUGUGGGAAACCUGAAAGCAACCCGGAGGAAGACGAUGCUCUACUUACGGAACGGUACAAAGAAGUGGACGAUAUGUUGAAAGAAAUAAAGCUGUUGGAAUUCCAGGUGGAAGAUCAACAACGGCUGUUGGAGGAAUGCAAGAUCAUGUCAGAAUCUCAAACGGAUAUCGUUAGUUUUAUCGACGAGCAAAUCACACUAGCACAACAACAAUACAAUGAAGCUUCGGCACAAGACCGACAAGACAUUCAAACGAGUCUAACGAACUUGAACGACCUGUUACGUCAGGAGAAAACAGUUUGGCAGGAGUUGGACGAGAAGUUGAUGGACUUGAAGCAGGCUUGUAAUGUUUUGAACACGGAACUAACAGAACGCAGUACAGAGUUGCCGAAUUUACAAGAAGAAUACAAUCGCAUCUACCAGAAAAUGAGAGACACCAACCCAACAGCCUUGAGGGAGAAAGAAAGCGAAGAUCUGAAAGAAAUAUACGACUAUUUACCAAACGCAGCCAAACUACCGAACAAGAAACAACACAUGGAAGAUUUGGAGGAGAAAUAUUGGUUAUUUCCAUAUAAACUUGAAAGGAAUGAAAUUACCAGAAUGCUGGAGAAUAAACCUAACGGGACUUUCUUUGUUCGCGAAAGUUCGAAUUAUCCCUACGUGAUAACGCUUGUACACGACAGCGUCAUCAAGCAUGUUCCGGUAUUACAAGGACCAAACGGUUAUGGUUUCGCGGAACCGCACAACAUAUAUAAAACACUGCACGAGCUAAUUAACCACUAUCACAAUCAGUCUCUUCGCAUGCACAACAAAAAUUUAGACACCACGCUACAAACUCCGUACCGAUUUCUUGAACACACUGGCGACGAACCUAUUUAUGAGUAAACUCUUUUAAAUCAUGCGCAAGUAGUGUGUUUUUCAAGAUAACCUAAAUGCUGACAGUAUAGAGAUUUAGUUCUUGACAUGACGUAAUGCUGACAUAAACAGAAAUUUAUUUAAGCGGUGGUGUGAGGCUGUUAUUGAUAUUAUGUGAGAACGACGUUACAGGCUGUAGAAAUUCUUUAGAAUAAAUUAAUAUUUCCUUAAUUUCAACGGGAGUUACGCAGGAGCGAAGAAUUUAAACUGAAAUGUUACCGGCAUGCAUUAUUUUUAAAAGUCACUGUUUCACACUGAUUUUUCUAGAAACACAUGAAAUUUCUUUUUUUGAAAUAUUUUUUGGAUAAUUCAUUGCUCAUCUGGUGUAAUCAAAACAAAACUUGUGCGUUGGAAGGAUAGAAAAUAUCAAUAAAUCAAUAAAGGUUGUCAAUAGAAAUUUCUGGAGAGAUAUAGCGAUGUUGUCUUGUUAGUUCAAAUCUAUGGUCUGUCUCUGGUAGCUUCAACUGCUUUUUCUUAUUCGUAGAAGAUUCAAACGCAAGAUCUUGCAUCGUACCGCUAUCAUAUUAACCAAAAUCAUUGUUUUUAUACUUUUAACACUGUAGUUAAUAUUAUCCUGAAUUUUUUUAAUGACAUUUUAGAACAUUUUUCAUAACUCUUGAAUUUGGGUAGCCAGAAGAAGACUGCGUACUGAAUCGAAUUUAGUUGAUCUGAUUGGUUAGGGUUAUUUUGAUUCUUAGCGUGAUUGGCUACAAUUUAUAUGACUUGUUGCAUGAUUGGUUCAGUCGGCUUUAGUCGCUAGGCGAUCAUUGGAAACAAUGUAAAAGUAUAUCCCGUCGUUUUAAAAUUGUCUAACCAAGAGCCGCAUGAACCAGUUGCUCCUUCUUGUCUAAAAAUUUUCUCCCGUUGCAGCCUUACACGUAUAUCUGGUCUGUUUUUUAUAUUUUUUGUUAAUUUUGCAUAUAAGUGAUUGCAACGUGUAGAUAAUGUUUUUGUAUUACCAUAGAAACAACAAUUCAAAAAAUGUU